GCAUCACAACCACUUCCGGCCUUCCACAAGCAACAGUUCGACUGCAACCAACGAUAUGUCAGCCAAAUAUACACUGAUCUUUGCCCUGGCGGCUCUCUGCUGUCUGGUGUUCUCCACCGAGGCGGCGGCCCAGCGCAGCCGAGUUCUCAGCUCUCGCCGUGGCUCCGAGCUGGUCGAGAAGACGUCGGACAACAAGGAAGACUCCGAGCUGGCCGCCCAGGAGCAAGACCUGGAGCGCCAGGAGCAGGAGGAGCAGAAUGACAGACUGGAGGGACGCAGCGAUGAUGUUGCCGAGGGCAGCGACAACAAAGAGGACAAGGAGACCGCCACCAACAACAAGGACACCAUCGUGAAGCCCAACAAGGAUGACGCCCGUGCCCGCCGCAUCGUUCGUGCCGGUCGUCGUCGUGGUGGACGCCGCGGUGGUCGCCGUGGAGGUCGUCGUAGUGCACGCAAAUCCGUGCGCCGUGGCGGACGACGAGGUGGACGCAGGCGCGGUGGACGACGUGGUCGUGGCGGUGCUCGCCGUCGCACCUCCGUGAAGAGGCGUUCCGGCAAGGGCAACAAGGCCUAAGAAGUUCCCCUCACAGAUAUAAGACUAACUGCCCGAUCCACCGAUUCGAUACACACACAAAUAAAUUAUGAUUCUAACGAAAUCACUCUAAAUUGAUUUUUUCCUUAUUUAUAAAUUGUUAUAUUUAAGUAUAAGUAUUUUCUAAACCUAAAAUUUAGACCCAUCCCUUAUUUUCUCUAUUGACAUUCAUCUAAAUGAAAAUACUUUUGACCCAUAACUUUCUGUCAUAACGUUUUGCAUGAAUUAGUUUUUAAGGAACUUCUUCUUAUAAUGAUAUAUGUACUUUCUUUAAUAUCAAUCAACUGACUACAGCUGCCGU